ACAGCCGAUUUCGCUGGUUUUUUUGUGGCAAAUUUCGCUAAAAAACGAUCAAUUUUGCGUCGAUAUGACCAGCGUUGUUUAACGUUUUUUUAACAGGGAUAAUCGUUUGCUCCUUCAACACCGCUGCCAAAUAUCAGAAGCCCUGGCUCUGGUGGCGGGGCAGAAAGGAAAAGGAACUUGCAACUACGUCUCUGGAAUAUGAAUUUCUGCUUCGAAAAAGUCGAUGUGAAAUGCUGAUUGGCAUAAUGACGUCAUUACCCUUGGCACAUGUUUUUCAAUGUUUGUUUACAUUCGUGCUUGUUUCCACUUCACGCUGAUUGGCAGAAAUUUGACACUCCAGUUGACAGAAUGCCACAGGGGAAUUGGAGGUGGAAUUCAAGUUCCAGAGACGUAGCUGCAAGCUCUCCGUCCUUUUCUUGCCCUACCACCAGAGCGCCUUGGAGAGCUUGUUCGCAGGCUACUGAAUGUAUAGUUACUAUAUGUAUUUGGUACUGGGUUCAAGUCAUAGAACAUAGCUCUGAUUCAGUCUGCAUACAGUCAGUGGAACAUUGUUGUAACAAAGGGCCAAGGGGCUGGCAAAAUGUGUUCAUGAUAGUGAGGUUUUGUUAUAUAAAGGUUAUUUUACUAUUACUGGGGCAAAAAAUAUUGUUCGUUAUACCAAGGACUUUGUUAUGUGGAGGUUCAUUCUAUUCAGGUUCCACUGUAUGUUAAGUCAGGGAUUUUUUUUUAAACAAUCAAAGGGAAUCCAGCAAACCAUACUUUGCUUAUAAUGUUUUGACGUUAAUUUUUUUUAGCAGUAGAGGGAGAUGUUAUCUGUCUAUCUGAUGAGGAAGACACUGGAGAAAAUGACUAUGUACAAGUACUAAAUAGUAAGACUUGUCAUUUAGACUGCGGAAGAUGAUUAUUUGUUUAAAUCAGUUUAAUUACAACCAACUGAAUAAAAAUUACUUUAUUUUUUUGUUAAUAAUUAUCAAUAUUCUCCUCAGCACUAGUACCAAACAGACCAGUAAGUGCAUCUUGCCUCUUUGUUUGCACUCUUGCUUUCUCUUUCUUUGCAGGAUAAUUAUUUAUCAUAUACAAUUACUGAUUAAAAAAGCACUUAGGACUUGCUUUAUAAAUGAUAAAUUUUGUUUGCAGGAUAAUUAUUUAUCAUAUACAAUUACUGAUUAAAAAAGCACUUAGGACAGCAAUGUAUAAACACUAUAUAAAUAAUAAAACAAAGGAUUAUUAUUUUUCUUUCAGAACAAUUUCAUUAUUAAAGGUUCUAACAAAUUUGAUUGCCUGAUUAUGGUUUAUAAGAAAACUCAAACCAUCCCUAAACGGGUAAUCAAUCCCCUAUUCACGUGACAUUUAUCUAUUUGUUUUUGUAGAUACUAUUAUUUUUAUUCAUUUUGCCUUGAAAUUAUUUUAUUUAUUUAUUUUUUAUUAUUUUAUGUAUUUAUUUACUGGUUAUUAACCCAGCUGUAUCAAUCAUAGGACAGACCAAAAUGAAAAUUAAAGAAAAAUGUCAAUGUGUUGCUGAAAUGUAGAUAAGCAAAUGGAAUGGCUACUAAAAGAGGUUUCAUUUAAAUGGAUUUCAUCCACAGACUCAAACAUUAGCAUUAUAUAUUAUGCUUAUUGACUUUCUGAUUGGCUGGUUAUAUAAAGGAUUGAUUCAAAGGUUAUAAUAAUGGAUUUAUUGAUUGAGUACAUGAGUGAAUAACUGGCUAACUUCAUAUGUUUGUUUGAUGUUACUAAGUAUCAUUACUAUAGAUAUUGAUAGAUUCAUUAAAAAAAAAACAGUUUUGUUAUGUGAUUGACUGCAAGUAAAAAUUAGGUAUUAAUUUUAAAAGUUUGUUGAUUAAUAGAUAGACAGACAGACAGUCUCACUGACUGACAGACUGGUUAUCGACAUAAAGCUCAAUAUAUUGCAAUUGAGUUGUUUGAUGGCCUGGGGCAGACUGGUGUCUUGUUGUAGUAGCUGAUUAAUCAAUUUAAUUUUAUUGAUAGAUGUUAAUUCUAUCUUUGAACAGUUGUAGACUGCACUGGUAUUGGUGACGAUAGUGAUGAUGAGAACUAUAAAGAUGAAGAAAUGACCACCAUACUUUCAUUCUUCAAUGACUGUUCAAUCCACGAGCUGGCUGCUGUUCCUAGUCUCUCAGUUAAAAAAGCUGAAAAGAUCAUUAAAAUGAGGCCUUUUGAUUCCUGGGAUGACCUUGUAAGUUUUAAUUAUUAUUAAGUAGAUAAGUAACAGCAUUCUGUAGGUACUAUGGCAGCAGAAAACUGAAAUCCAGAAAGCCAUUAGAGAGAGGCUGGUUAAGUGAAAGAAUUUGAUUGUUGUUUACUUAUUCCUUUUAACCUGGCUUGUGGCUCAUGUUUUUGCAUACCGUUUUCUUUUGUUUUUUUAUUUAAAAAUGUGCAAGUAUACUACAUUACCACUUGCUAAUUCCCUGAGGAUGGCCACUUAAUAGAGGUUCAGCUGUAUUAGAUUACAAUAACCUAUAGGACAAAUCAGGUACAUUAUGAAAUGUUUUAAUUUUUCUUUGAGAGUAGCAACUGUCAUUGUGUUUAGCACUGGGCCUUAAAUGAGGUUCUUGCUUCCUACAAAGUAGCGGGUAUGAAUGGUCACUCAUGAAAGUGUGAUCCUCCUUAACCAUCCAGAUACUCUAUUUGAUAGGUUUUAAAGCUGGAUUCUGCACCAAACUUGUCAUCACAGGUGAUUAUUAUUAACCACUUCCUUACAUAUUGUUCUCAACAAAAUUCAUCACAAUAAUUGUGAUGAAUUUUUUGAAAGGGAGUCACAGGGUUUCUAGACUAGAAAAUGUGAUGCAGAAUAGCCUGUUCCAGGCUCCGAGACAGUUGGGACCGUUGAAUUGAGAGAGCGUGAUGACGAAAGUAUAUUAAUGGGAGGAAACUUUUCGCGUGCCUUUUACUUUCUCGUCUGCCCCACUCUCUGAGAGCCUGGAACAGGCUAGAUGUAGAACUGAUGUGACACGAGGAUAUUAUUAACAAUUAUUCCACGCGUGUCGAUAUGAGAUGGUAGAUAGUUAACGAGGCACAUAGUGCUGAGUUGACUAUAAUCAUCUCACAUCCAACAAGCACGAGCAGAUUAAUUUGUUGUUUUACUAAAAACGCCCACAAAAUAUCAAGAAUUCUUCCAGACUUUAUUUGUAAAAACAACUGAUUUUCAGUUCGUUUUUAAUUUUGAGCAGACAUGCACAGUAAUACCAUAUUUGGAGAAACGUUUUUAUAUAAACCAGGGAUGGUUUGUUCAAAGCAGGGACUUGAGAUAACCCAGGAUGAGUGCAAAAUUUAAUUCGGAUAUGAAAGGUUUUAGAAGCAAAUUCAGUUUAAUUCUUUUUGUCUGCAAUUUAAUGAUUUGAUGCUCUAUAAAGAAUACAGAAAAUUAUCAAGGAAAUGCUUUUGAACAGAAGUAAAAAGAAUCCCAGAUUAAAAUUUAAUCCUGAAUGCUAUAACUACUACUUAUUUCAUCCCCCUGUUAUUUGCCUUUGUGUCAUUAAAAACAAGAAAUCACUUAUUUACAUGUAGUUAAUAGAAAACUGCCAAAGCCUUUUGGAUGAGCGUAAAGGUGUGGAGGAUCUGAUGAAUAAGUGUGAAGAAAUCUCAAGUAAAAUCCAAGAUAUGCUGACAUUAAGAUUAAGUGUGAGUUGAUUAGAAAUAAUAUUCCCCUCCCUCUCCCUUCUGUACUCGCUUUUUCACAUCUCAAGUUACCCAGCUAUAUUGGACCUCCUCACUGAUGUUUCUCUCUCUCGCCUCACCUCGCAAACACCCCUUCCUCCCUCACCAUCUUUUUUUCCCUUCUUACUCAAUCGUUUUUAUGCUCCUCUUACCCUUUCCCACUCACAAAUGCUUCUCCUCUUAACACUGCGUUCCUUACAAACUAACACUUCUACUUAGAGAUUAUACUACUUAGAGUCAAUUAGUCAAUAUUAAAUGUUAAUUGUGGUUGAUUGGUACCACUUCUUGUUAUUUUGGUCUCCACUUAUUACAAUAUUACCAUUUACAUUCUACUGAUUACUUAAAGACUGAUUUGAUUCCUUUCCUAGGCUAUCAAUGAGAACAGUUCUGUCAAUGGAAAAAUAAGAGGGACUGUGAUAACUUCACAACCUAAAUCUUUAAAUAACAGGUACAAUAUGCUAACUAGGUACUACAGUUGUAAGAGGUGUACAUAUACCAACUCCUUGUUUAUGUAGACAUGGUAGUAGACUUCAAAACAGUCAAGGUUUUUUCAUGAAAGUCCUUUUUUUUUCAAGGCACCCUCAUGUGGUUUUCGCGCAAAGCGCGAGAGCUUCACGACGUGUAUGGCGAGUGAAAAAAACGCGUAUUUUUCGCGCAUCUCCCAAGUGUUACAUUUUAUUUUUGCCCGAGAGCUCGCUCCAGGUCUUUUGUUUGUCCACUCCCGUGUUCUUGACCUACGUACAAACAGAGGCUGUUUUGCAGUGUGGUAUAGCUGGCAAAUACAAAAUGUAAUGAAGAAAUAAGGUGCACCCAGUAAGGUGAGCGAUGUGCGUGUGGGAGGAGGACAUAGCAAAUUCUUCUCUCUCAUGGCCAGCACUACCUUUUUUAUCAUUGUGCCCAAAUUUAGCUUGCAGCCUUCAGGCUGCAGAGCAAGAUUAAUGGAGGGGGGAAGGGCAGGGGGAGGAGCCUCUCCCUUUUCCCUCCUUUCUCUUGCCGGUAAUUGGCACCUUUUUUCCGUUAUAGGUUUUAGUUACCAAGAUUCAACUGUAUUUGCAGAUUGUUCGCUUCCUCUAUAAGUUAGCCACUUAAUACUGAUGAUUACUGACUAAAACUCUUCAUUUUCAUUAAGCCUUCAGCUGAAGCCAUAUCAGUUGACAAGCCUUAACUGGUUAGUUCUAAUGCACGAACAAGGAGUUAAUGCAAUUUUAGCUGAUGAAAUGGUAAGCAGUGAAAGUUAUUAUGAUGGAUUCUUGAUCAAAGACCAGGAAUAUAAGCAAGCCAAAAUAGCCUGAGAAAAAAAAUCAACCUUUCGCGACGCCAUCCCUGGUUUCUACGCAAAAUUUAGUGAUGUAUGAGGAGCGACUGUAGAAGUUUCAAACUGAUGAGCUGUUAACAAUGUGUUCUGCACACUGUGUUUCUAGUGUUUUUUUUUAAUUGGUUUUGGCAAAAUCAGUUUAGAUCGACCAUAUUUAAUUCUUUUACAAGUUUAAUGCAUUUUUCGCUUUUAGAAGCUAUUUAUAGCGUUGUAUUCGCUUUUUUGUCACCAUUUUUGAAAAAUAUACAAGAAGUUGAACAGUGAAACGUUGACCUUGUCAGUCACACUAAUUCCAGAUGUCUUGUAUUUGAAAAACAGUGCUGAGUAGGUGAGUUGUGUUAGCGCAGUGUGACAGUGUCAGGCAACAAGGGUUUGAAGUCAUACUCGACGCUCUGACACCUUAAUCAAUUAACCUUUUCAGAUUACUUUUAAUUUAUGUAGUCCAAUUUUUAGCCAGUUUUAUUGAUCAUCCUACAGUGCAAGAGAAUAUCUUGAGGAUGAUGGUCAGUGUUUAACCUGCUGUUACUUACAUGUACAACUGGAGGCUAAGCCAAUUAAAUGUAAAAAAUACCGGACGCUCUUGCAUUUUUGAGGAAAAAUGAAAUGUAACGAAAUGUAAAGUGGGCGGAUAAGCAGUAACACUGACAAAGACGGCUGCUGAUAUUCAUAAUGAUAAAAGUGUUUGAUUUUGAUUUCUCAAUCUUAAAAGCUCAUCACGUUUUGCACCCCAUUAUGACUACCACUUACGACCCAUCCCCCCGCCCCCUUAUCGAACGCACUACCCUAAUUUGCAAUUAUUACUAAUUUUAGCUAUAAUUUCAACAAGUUCCUCUUAUUUCAGGGCCUUGGGAAGACUGUUCAAGCCAUUGCAUUCCUUGCUCAUUUGUGUGAAACUGGAGAAAAAGGACCGCACUUGAUUGUUGUCCCCGCGUCAACCUUAGGUAUUUUAAGGCCUGGCCUAUCAUUUAUUUUACCUUUCUGACUACAGUUUAUCGUCCAUGUAAUGUACUGCACGGAAUUAUUUAAAUUUUUUUUUCUUUAGUGCAUGUACAGUGUACAGUAAUGUGAUCCUUAAACCUUUUUACGUGGAUAUCAAUGAUGUUUUCUUUUUAGAUAACUGGUGCAGGGAGAUCAAAACCUGGUGUCCAUCAAUGGACUUCUCUAUGUAUUAUGGUAAGUUAACCUGUUUAUUUUGAGACAAGCUACGGAGAUACCGAUAUACACGUAACAUACAACCAAGGGACCAGUCUGUUGUAUUGAGAUACUGUAUAUCUUGUAUUUUGCUUUAAUUGGCAUGAUCUUUUUCAACCGUGGUUUUCAUUUAAUUCCGUUGUUUUUAGUAUUACUGUGGAGAAAGUGAUCCGUGAAUGACUUGUAUAGUGAGAUGUACACGUCGAGAGGUAUAAAGACUACCUUCUGCAAGUCACAGCACAAACGUUUAAGCACCCCGCCAGAGUCUUACAACUAACGUAAAAAGCUUUCCCGGUCAGAACAUCAAUUUUUCUGUUGUUGAUGUCACGAACGAACCUCAUUUAAACCGUCGAACUCAGCCAUGAGCUGAAUUUAGGAGGGUGAAAUAUUUAACGUUCUGAUUUCUCGAAAUUUUAUCCGUCACAGGAAGUCAAGAAGAGAGACGUUUAUUGAGGAUUGAAGCAGAGUUUAGACAGUUGAAACCCCAGAUUGUUAUAACAACGUAAGAGAAAUCUAUCUCUUAAGCGAAUCUAUGUGUGUAAGAAAAUCUUGGCUUAGCAAUGGCCCAUUAGUUUUACAGAUUGUUUUAGUAUUUAUUGAUAUGAUUUAGCAAUGAUAUAGUUAUUAUUCGACAGAAAAGGAAAGGCUUGAUUUUAGGUGAUUUUCUCAUUUUCUUUAAAUAUUUUAUCUCCUAAAAUGGGUACCAAUGUUAAAGAAAUGAGUAACAAUAUUUAAUCAAGCUAAUUUACUUUCCUAAAGUUACUCCGUGGCAAACGGAAAUGAUGAAGAUCGUAGAUUUCUUCGGAAGCUAAAUUGUAACUACCUGGUACUGGAUGAAGGUCACAUGCUAAAGAACAUGCAAUCACAGAGAUACCAAGGACUAAUGAGAAUGAAGGUAAGAUGCAUGGCGUCCUUCACUGAUGGAGAAAAAAAAAUUGAAUGCGCGGAAGAUGACAUUUUGUCCUGGUGGGUACUCCCUAUAAAGGCCUAUACGGGGAGACUCCGCCGGAAAGGAAUACCUUUUCCAGGUUUCCGGUUUAUACAAUUGGUUUUAAUGAGUUAUCCUUUGGAUAGUGAAAAUUUAUCCGGUGGAUAAAGGACGCUAAAUCCAACGUUUGAAUAAAUCGUCGAUUUUGCGAUUUUUCGCAGUUCUUAAAUGGGCGUGAAUAAGAAAGGCGGAAAAUCGUCCUUUAACGCGACAAUUCGUCCUCUUGCGAAAAAAAUCGCCAAUAUUUACGAUGAACGUAAAAAAUCGUCGAUCUUGCGACUUUUAGCAAUUAGUGCGAAUUUAGUAAACGUGAGGAAGAACAGUGGAAAAUCGCAAUAAAGGCGACAAUUGUCUGUCGUGUUGUUGGUUUGUUAAAAAUUCCGACAAGACAAUCACGCCGACGACUUCGUAAACGCGGAAAACCUCUGACAUAAGUCGCGUGAAAACUUGACAUGUAGAUUAGGGGGAAGGUCGGUUUCGGAAGGUUGUCGCUCAGGGAGAUUCGACUAUAUUUGCACUAGUUCGGCGUAAUUGACAUGAAAUUUUACGGAUAUUUUCUUAUUUAUUCGUCCGCUUUAAUUUUAUGUAGGCCCAACGACGACUUCUUCUCACAGGAACGCCUCUACAGAAUAACUUACUGGAGUUGAUGUCUCUUCUAAGCUUUGUGAUGCCUCGUAUGUUCGGUGAAAAUUUUGAAGGAAUUAAAAUGCUCUUUUCCAACUACAGUAAAAUGGUACGUUUUUUGUUGUUCUGUGUUUUCCAUUCUUUCAUUUCUCUCUCUUUCAAUAACUUCAGGAAAGACGGAGGAGACCAUGGCAAUGAUAUGACCGAUGAUGACUGCAGACUCUACAGACUUUUUGUUACCUUCAAACGAGUUAUUAACGAACUGAAGCAAAGCUGACAACAACAGUGUGAUUAACAAUAACGACAGUUAUUACUUUGACAAAAGACCGAUCGAAACGCACCAAUCACAUUUAGAGUCUUAAUUUUUCAUAGCCAAGUGUCAGACAAACAAUAACAUUGUGAGUUAAUUGACCAAUCAGGUUAAUAACCAGAGUAUAAGACCAUCAACUGACGUGAUACAACUCACUUUGACUCUGAAGAUGACUACCACACAGGUUGUCGAAACGUCAGUCAUUGUCAUUAACAGUCCUGUUCAGGACUACGCUCACCCGGACGAUCAUAUUCCACUUACUUACGGGUACUGGCGUUAUACUUGUUUCGUCACUUGUUAGUGAAAAUCUGGCUUAGAAAAGUUGAGCUCUUAAUGUACAGAUCCCUUUGCUUGAAAACAUGUCUGUUUUCAUUUUUAUCCACAGAGUGGUGAACCAGGGAGUAACUAUGAGAAAGCGACAGUCGCGCAAGCUAAACGAAUCAUGAAGCCUUUUGUACUUAGAAGGCUAAAGAGUGAUGUAAGUUCAUUGUUUGUUAAGGGGAGUAGCAACACUUGUACGAGCUUUGCGCGUACUGUGUCUGUACCAUACCCUCACCUUCACCUUCACUUCAAGUUUCACCUUAGCUUAGUGAAGGUAAUAGUGAAGGCCAUGAAUGUCUAAUAGGGAAGAUAUUUUUCUAACGGCUUACUGAGUGGCCCCUACUCCCGGGUUCAUUGCGACGCGUGUUGUGGGCUGUUAGAAGCUCACAAAACAUUUCUUAUGAAAAGCGAUGGCAUUUCUAUUUUGACGUGAAUUAGUAGCUCAAAGAAUAAUUAGAGUUGGAAAAGAAUAGUAAAAUCUAAGGGACAACUUGGGAAACAUCUCGUUGUGCUUGUUUUCUGUAACUGUAGGGCAAUUUUGCCCCCGAGCAAGUUGCGAACGCAUCUUAGGGAUUCUCAAACGUCUGUUUGCCAUUUUCGUUGUUAGGUUCUACAGCAGCUUCCAGCAAAGCAUGAUCACGUGAUUAAAUGGGAGUUGACCGAACGUCAGAGAGAGUUAUACAAUGAUAGCUUCGUGAACUGUUCAAAACAAUUCAAACAGUCAGGUAAGAAAGUCAUUGUUUAGCCACCCCGUUUUUUACAAUUCCAGAAGAUAACAUUGAUCUAAUUAAGCUACGUGUAAACGGACGCAACAACUCCCAACAUUUUUGGCCAAAAAUGUUGAGUCCGUUUGCACCGGGCUCUUAAAAAAUGUUACCAGCUUAAGUAAUAAGGGGCCACUUUACGGUGUUAAUGCUGUUCAGUUUAAUUUCUUGUCAAAAUUGUUUAAAAGUUGUGGCUACAUUCAACGUCGAAACCUGCCUCUGCCGACCGAACUUUCAACACAGCUCAGCAAAUUUAAAAGUUAAACAGGGAUUUUGCGAAUAAGGUGGACAAUGUCUUUUCCUUUUCCCUUUGCCGAGAAUGUAAAGAUUCGCACAUUUGACGUAGCAGGGAAAAUGUUGCCACAUAAUUUACUUUAGUGCUCCUUCAGUAACAUUGGUUAUCUAGUGUCCUAUUCCGUAUAAAUUUUGAGAUUUUACUUUUAACUUUUAAAGCAAGUCAUGGAUUAGUCCUGUCUUAUAUUAGUGAACUUGUUCCUGAGAGUUAACCUUCAAGAUGUACCCUCCGGCCUUGCAGAUGCCUGGCAGCAGUAUAGUACUGUCAUACCCGCCCUGAGGGUAACCUGGGCGACCGUGCUUUGUUUCUUCGGCACCUAAACUAUGGAACGGUUGAUAUAAAUUUCUAAUUAUCUGGAUAUGAAAUGAAAACAGUGUCGAAUGUUUGAUAUAACUUCUCAAAUGAUAAGCCUUAUUGACGGUAGUGAUUUGGCUUUGUCUCUUCUUCAUGAAUAACUUAUGUGUUUAAGGAAUGUCUUUCUUCACAUUUCAGGUAACAGCUCACAAUACAAUAAUAUUAUGAUGACCCUACGUAAAGCGGCGAAUCAUCCUCUGUUACUGCGUAGUCUUUACACGGACGAAACGCUGCUGGAAAUGGCCAAAAAGUAUUGUAAGGUAUUAACAGAUUAUUUUAUCUAGUUAAGUGGCUUUGUGAGCCUGCUCACAUAUUAAGUGGUAGUCUCUUGGUGUUGCAGACGGGUGCAGUCACCAAAAUGACGUAAUAGAAUACCGUAAGAUUCCGAAAAUAAGCACCGGGGCUUAUAUUUUUCAAAGGCCCUUUUUGAGGGGCUUAUUUUUGGAGGGGCUUAUAUUCGGAGGGGCUUACCUACGGAGGGAAAUUUGCGUUUCAAAAUCGAUUUGGCUAGCCAUAUAGUUGGAAGUAAGUUUAUCGUUUUUACUUUGUUUUACUUUGUAUUUGAUGGCAAUUUUCCAAGUACAAGCCCCCGGGUAGCUUAUGUUUGGAGGGGCGAUUUAACGGAGGGAUUUUGCGUUGUGAGUUUGGGGGGCUUAUAUUUGGAGGGGCUUAUACAUGGAGGGGAUUAUUUUCGGAAUUUUACGGUAGAUUGAAAAGACGCUGAACAAUACCCACACAAAACAAGAAGAAACACCAUCAGAAAUCAAGAAACACCCUCAGAAGCAUAGCAAUACAAAACUGAUUUCGAACUGAAAUGAGAAAGCUGUGUUUAUUUGCGAAAAAUCCGAAUUUGAAUCUGAAUGCGUUCGGUCAUUAUUUUCAAGAAGGCCUCGAAGCUUAGGCAUUAUCCUAUAAAAAAAAUACAUGAAAAAAGUCUUGAAAAUUAACCCUCUUCCUUGCACAGCUAGCUCUCUCCGAUUUGCACGCUUUUCUCAAUAAAUAUGCCCAUUAAAUGGUCGCUGCCAAGAGUAUUGCGUUAGGAACCUGAAAUUUCUGAUUCCUUUGUAACCAGAUUGAGAUUAAAUCCACCAAAUACUAGCUGAUUGCGUAUUUAAUGGAUUCUAAAUCGUCUUUGAUUUAUGUCCAGCUAACACUGAAAGAUUCGAGUUUCCUGAUUCGGAUUGUUUGAUUUUUUAAUAGGACCCCGCCCACCGCGACUCGGAGCCUGAUCUGGUAUUUGAGGACAUGACAGUCAUGUCAGAUUUCGAACUUCAUAAUUUAUGUCGCGAGGAGAGGGUAAGAGAAAACCACGAACUUUCUACUAAAAUAUUGGAAAGGCACAGUACACCGCCACCUGCACACUUGGCCAGUUGGGAGAGCGCCGGUCUGUUGAGCGGGAGGUCGCGGGUUCAAACCCCGGCCGGACCAAUACUCAAGGUCUUUAGAUAAUUGAGAAGAAAGUGCUGCCUUUGUUAUGACAUUUGCAAACGGCUCUCAGACUUUUUAGUCUUCUCGGAUAAGGACAAAAAAUCGUAGGUCCCGUCUCACGGCACUUGCACUUACCUGGUUCUUGUGGGACGUAAAAGAACUCACACCACUGUUCGAAAAGAGUAGGGGAUGUACACCCUCGGUGGUGUGGUCAACCUUUCCUGGUCUGGGUGGGUUAUCGGUAAGGAGAGAUCUUAAUGUAGGGAUAACCUCAUGAUCCUCUUUCAGGGGUCGUAAUGGCUACCUAUAAACAGUGUAUGUAUGUAUGUACAUCUUACAUAUAUUACAGAAAAUACAGAAUAAGUAAAUUUCCUGUAUCGUGAUUUACAAUUUAUAAAUUUUGCUACAGUUAUUUCUGCAAUCUUCUUGGGACUUCUUAUCUAUCCGUCAAUCCAAGAUAGCGACCAGUUGGAAGUCACGUCACGUGGUCUAUCUGUUGUAGCUGUAAAUCAUUUUAAAACCACGAAUUGAAAACAAAACAUGCACUAUUCCUUUUUUACCAAACACAUAUGUAGUCAUAUUCUGUAAUUCAUAAGUCCUGUUUCCUCUUAUUUAUCCAUUUAUCCCACAGAGACUGGCCGAUCAUUGUCUUCAGAAAGAAGUGUUAAUAAAAUCAGGAAAGUUCGUCUAUUUGGAUGCCCUGUUACCUGAAUUAAAGGGAAAGGUUUGUGUUUGUUGUAUUACAAAAACAGAUCUUCUGGCAACUCGAGUGAGAAGUUACUUCAAUUUAGUUCGACGUCACGGCUCUGGCUAUUAAGCUUUCAUGCGCGCAAGAUUUCAGAACGGGCGGAGUCAGUGUUUUCAUCUUUAUGUGUGAGAUAGAUCAUUGAUUACUAUACAAAGCAGCAGAUAACACAGCGUUACUGACGUAUUUUCGUUCGUUUAGAAUUGUCGCGUGCUACUCUUCAGCCAAUUCACCAUGGUGAUGGAUAUUAUAGAGGUCUAUCUAUCAGACAGACGACACCGCUACUUGAGACUAGACGGACAAACAUCAGUAGUGGAAAGGUAUCUACUUAAACAGUUUCUAUAUGUUCAAGCUUCCUAGCUACAGUCUUAGAGAAAAAUGUUAAGAAAAAUGGACUUUGCCAUGCCUUUUUUUUUUGUCAAUAUAAAGCUCUGCGCUGUAAAAACUGCUAAGGUUAGAGAAUGGAAUUUUACUUUUUUUGAAAAAUUUAUGUUGUCUGUAGUGUCCCAAGUACUCUUGACACAAGUUCUCUUGAAAUGUGCGUCAAGUUCACUGAUAUGAUUUUUCUUCUCUACAAGCUUGUCAUUAUUAUCGUAGAGAAUUAGUCCUUGCCUCUCCCGACAGACCACCGAACAAAGAAAAGCUUGCAACAUAGCAUGUGGCGGGUCUGUGUGCUACACUUCCCACUGGUGAAAUUCGAAUUUAUCCUGAUGGGAGAGGGAAACUUUACACAGGGCUAGCACUGGCUAGCGCCCCUGUAGUCUAAAACGGCAAGUACAACCUUCCCCUCCUUCAUUGGAAAGUACAAAUAUACCUCUUUGACGGGACUCUGUUUCUUUAAUUUUCGCAGACAAGGUCUUAUUGACAAGUUCAAUGGCGAUGCUGAUAUCUUCGUGUUUCUCCUUUCGACCAAAGCAGGUCAGUUCAACAUAAAGAAUAAACUAGUCAAAACUAUAUAGCGUAGAAAAUUAAUGGUUGAACAAUGAAAAACGUCUCGGGGUUUUACACCGAGGCAAUCGCUGAUUUUAGCUGCAAGUUGAGGUACCCUAACCGUUUUAUAACUUAUUGAUAUUCAUUUUCAGGGGGCCUAGGAAUUAACUUGACGUCGGCAAACGUUGUGAUUUUACACGACAUUGAUUUCAACCCGUAUAACGACAAACAGGCUGAAGACCGCUGUCAUAGAGUUGGUCAGACAAGGUACUGUAGCUUAUCACUGAUGUAUGUAUGGUGCUAUGGACAUAACUGUAUAGAAUCCAUUACUUCCUAGGCUGACUAGCCCCCAGUCUUCUCUUAUCCUUUGUACGCAGCAGUGGAUCGAUUGCGGAGGACUAGCACGUAUGUGCAUCUCCGACGCGCUAACCUCGUUACUGGGGACGGGUCUGCAGGUGUGAUGAAAACGCAUUGCAUCUGGGGAUCCCCGGGCGAAUAACUCUCAUACUUCACAGCAUUACUUGCGACCCUGUUUAUUAUAGCAGUCUCCCAAAACCUUCUUUACUUUCAACGACAGGUAAGAUGGAACUGGAAACCAGAUUGCGAGCUACAUUUUAGAUAAUUAGACCUUCAAUUCUAUAGUCUUGAUCGCGCAAGUACUCUUGAAGUUUGCUAGAAAGUACGUUGGAAAAAAGAAAAAAACAUCAGUGAUUUUGUUACCUCUGCCUUACGCAUGGAAAUCCCCAAAGACGCAACAUAUUUCAUGGCAUACGUCCCGUAGAACGCAAAGAUCGAUCGAUCUGAACAUGUGCAUUUGUAGAAAUAUCUCGUUUGUGUAAUUUCUGUGGCAGUUAUUUGUAUAGGUAAUAGCAUGAUUUGUAGUGAUAUUUGGCAUAAAUACUACGAGUGAUAUUUCAAAAUUGUUAUACGUAAUUUCACGAGCCGUUGGGCGAGUGAAAUUUGAGACAAUUUUGAAAUAUCACGAGAGGUAUUUAUGCCAAAUAUCACGUACAAAUCCUGCUAUUAUUUGUUUAUACUACUACCCGCAAAAGGUUUGUAAUUUUCACAUGUAGGUAUUUCAAAUUAAGCUGAAAUACCACUGCUCUAAGCCAAUCAAAUUGCAGAAAUUUCUCCUGUAGUAGUAUAAUGGUUGUUAUUUAACGAUGCAUAUUUCUUUUAGCCUUUGUUGUUCUUUACAAUAGAAGGACUAUAUUUUAAUUUCAGUAUACUGUAAUACAGAGUUUUGGAGUCUGUGUUCAGACUAACUCUCUGGUUACAUAUAAGCCAAAGCAUUUUCAAUCUUUGACUCGUUUCUUUUUAACUGGGUGUCGUUGGUUCUGGACUGGGACCCAUGAUUUUCAACAAGAUGAGUCCCAGGACUCACAUAACUAUUCGUAACAAAAUCACUGAAACAUUAUCGUUAUUGUAACACUAGCAGGAGACUAAUAUAAAAGCAAAAGAAUUCAUGUAAAGUGCAUCCUUUCCUUUACGACAGAGAGGUCACUGUGUAUCGCCUUAUAGCUAAAGACACGAUAGAAGAAGCUAUUCUACAAUGUGCACAGAGCAAACUCAGAUUAGAACAAGACAUGGCCGCCUCAGAUAAGGGUACGUCCUAAUCAUACAUGUCAGCUGCUUUUUAUCUUGUCGAGUUUAGUGUUCACAUACUUUAAUUUGCAUUUCAUUUAUAACUGAAAAUAUUUCUUCUAUAUCAAGAUCAAACCGUGAAGGGUUUACCAGAGGUUUUUCGAAUUAUUUUCGUUGCAAUUUGGACAAACUAUUUGUCUGACUUUUCCUUUCGGCUGUUGCUGUUCUUGAAAAAAUCGCGCUUUUUCAAUGCGGGACGUGUAGUUUGCAUAUUAAAAAGAUUGAGACGUCUAGCUCAUGAUUUAAGCAUUGGCAAUAAAUUUUAUCGUUUUGAAGAAAAAAAAUGAAAUUUACGCUUACGCCUCGUAAAGUACAACCGUAUUUGAAAUUUCAUUGUACAGCUAGCGCCAGCGUUUAUUUGCUGGUAAAUCGCUUCCAUUGGUGUCUAACUCGUAAUUAUUUCUAUUCUAUUUUGGCAGACGAAUCAGCCUCUCCAAAAGAUGUUUCAGAACUGCUACAGGAGGCUUUCAAUAACGUUUCAGGAACAACUGAACCCUGAUGAUUGCUUUAUUUGUACAGUCAACGUAACUUUCGACUCCGAAUUUUACUCUGAAUCGGUAACGAAUGAAUAAUAACUUUCUGAAAGGGGCAAAAAGGAAGACCAUUAUUUUCAAAUUUAAUUAAGAUAAAAUUAAUAUAUAUAGAAUUGUUAUAUCCGUAUCAAAAAAAAUAACCUUGCCGACUUAUUUACGGCAGUCUAGUAACUUUGUUUCAGAUUUCAUAUGUAACGACUAACAACAAAAUUUUUGCAUCAUCUAAUCAACUGAAACAAAGCAAAUGCAUAAAAAGCGUUUUCAACUCUGCACUGGAAAUCGAACAUGUCUUCGGCACCAAUCUUGCACUUGUUACGCCUGUAUGCUUCGUUUGGUCAACCGCUGCCAGUAGAGACCGCAGUCUCAUCAUUCUAUAUGAAGUUCGCACCAGCUGUGUUAUAAAACGUUUAAGUUUAACUUUUGACUCGUUACGUUGGCGUUAUUUAAAGAAAACAGCCACCACACUUUUUAAAACUAUAUUUAUUUCUAAUGGCAAAAGAUAACGUUUUUCUUAUGACCGUGCUAAAUUACACAACAUUAGCUUUUGUUAAUGCUCUCUUCACACGAGGUCGCGCGUUAUGUGAAUACU